AUGCAGGUGCUCGGCUGGACCACAGUUCUUCUCUGCCAGUGGAUCCUUCAGAAGGUCCAAGGUUUGGAGAAGCAAGUGGACCUCUCAGAUUUGGGGCCAGUGGGGUCAGUGAUGAAGACGCUUCCGUAUGGCAUGGGUGGAGGCACAGCCGGAGGAGUUGUUAAACCUCCUUACCAAUCCCCCAUCUUCUCCACAUCCAUCGACCAAACACCCAUUAAAUCCAAGCCACCCACCUACAGUUUCUUUAACCCAUAUGACGCAGGCCGGAACCAGUCCCAGCUGUUAGACCAGACAGGCUACCGCUCCAAACGCAAGCCCUCGCUAAAAACAAACAUGAAGACCAAGAAGAUCUUAGGCUGGGGAGACUUCUACUUCAGCGUCAAGACCGUGAAGUUUAGCUUGUUGGUCACUGGGAAGAUCGUGGACCACGUCAAUGGAACUUUCACUGUUUACUUCCGCCACAACUCAUCCAGCCUGGGGAAUGUUUCAGUCAGCAUUGUACCUCCCACCAAAGUGGUGGAGUUUGAAGUUCUUCAGCAGCAGCAACCCCACACUCAGCAAGACAUCCAGAUCCAGGACACACAGCAGUCCACCAUUGACCCCAAAGAGGGAAAGACCCUCAACUGCAGGGUCGAAUACGAGAAAACCGACAGAUCCAAGAAGUCCAAACCUUGUCUGUACGAUCCAUCUCAGACCUGCUUCACAGAACACACCCAGUCCUACGUUUCCUGGCUCUGUGCCAAACCCUUCAAGGUGAUCUGCAUUUUCAUCUCUUUCUUAAGCAUUGAUUACAAGCUGGUUCAAAAAGUGUGUCCGGACUACAACUUCCAAACUGGAAACAUGCUGUCUUUCGCUCUGAAGCAACUCACACGGCCGCUGUCCCAGCGAGCCCCUGUUCGCCUCAGUGCACGCUUCCAGCAGUCCCAUGCCGCCACUCGUGUGGUGGAAGAAGAUCGUCCCUGGACCGGUCAAGAAAGCCUGUCUGAGGACGACCCUGAAAUGUGGACUCUGCUGCAGAAGGAGAAGGACAGGCAGUGUCGUGGGUUGGAACUCAUUGCAUCUGAGAAUUUCUGCAGCCGAGCAGCUCUGGAAGCUCAGGGCUCCUGUCUGAACAACAAAUAUUCCGAGGGGUACCCAGGGAGAAGAUACUAUGGUGGAGCAGAAGUGGUCGACCAAAUUGAGCUUCUGUGUCAGAAGCGAGCGCUGGAGGCGUUUGACCUGGAUCCAGCAAAGUGGGGCGUCAAUGUUCAGCCAUACUCCGGUUCUCCUGCUAACUUUGCUGUCUACACCGCCGUCCUGAAACCCCAUGACCGUAUCAUGGGUCUGGAUCUGCCUGAUGGAGGACACCUGACCCAUGGUUACAUGUCUGAUGUGAAGAGGAUCUCUGCUACAUCAAUUUAUUUUGAGUCCAUGCCAUACAAACUCCAUCCUGCAACAGGGCUCAUAGACUACGACCAGAUGGAGAUGACAGCCAAGCUGUUCAGGCCCAGGCUCAUCAUAGCUGGCACCAGUGCCUAUGCCCGCCUCAUUGACUAUGCUCGUAUCAAAAAGCUGUGCUCUGAAAUUAACGCCUACAUGCUCGCUGACAUGGCUCAUAUCAGCGGCCUGGUGGCAGCCAAAGCCAUUCCCUCUCCCUUUGACCAUGCUGACCUGGUCACCUCCACCACACACAAGUCACUCCGCGGGGCCAGGGCUGGCCUCAUCUUCUACCGUAAAGGCGUUCGCACAGUGGACAAGAAAGGAAAGGAAAUCGUGUACGACCUGGAGGACAAGGUCAACUUUUCAGUCUUCCCCUCCCUGCAGGGUGGACCACACAACCACGCCAUUGCUGGUGUAGCUGUGGCCCUCAAACAGGCACAGUCUCCCAUGUUCAGGGAGUAUAUUGCCCAGGUACUUAAGAACUCCAAGACCAUGGCUACAGCUCUUCUUAGCAAAGGUUAUACUUUGGUAUCAGGUGGAACCGAUAAUCACCUGGUCCUGGUGGACCUGAGGCCUAAGGGCAUCGAUGGGGCUCGGGCCGAGAGGGUGCUGGAGCUCGUGUCAAUCACUGCCAAUAAGAACACCUGCCCCGGAGACAAGAGUGCCCUGACACCCGGGGGCCUGAGGCUAGGCGCUCCAGCUCUGACCUCCAGACAGUUUAAAGAAGAAGACUUUGUGCAGGUUGUUGAGUUCAUGGAUGAGGGUUUCAAGAUUGCCCUGGAUGUCAAGAAAAAGACGGGAAAGCUUCAAGACUUCAAGAACUUCCUCCUUCAAGACGCAGAGACAAUGGCUCGCAUCGCAGACCUGCGGCACCGUGUCGAGGCUUUUGCCAGGCCAUUCCCCAUGCCGGGCUUCCACGACCAUUAGUCCAGCCAACGUGGAGUCAAGGGUCUGUGACGGCCAGGUGGCAGACAGCUGGCCGGGCAGAAGUGUGCACAGAGAAAAUGGAAAAAUGUCAUGGUUGUGAGAUGAGGAUGGUGCCUGUGAAUUGGGAUGACUCAAGUUCUUUUUUUUCUUUUUUUUUUUCCAAUCAUAUCUGUGAAGCCACAUGUUUCAUACUACUUUUGUGUCAUCCAUCAGUCUUAUUAAAUCGGAGCCUCCAGGUUGGAGUGCAUAAACUAAAUAUAUGUGAUAGGUUUUGUAGAGCAGAAGAACACAUUGUAUGUGGUGUGAGAAGAUCUUUUCAGCUGUCUUCAGACCAUCGUCUAAUACAAGUGUAAGGAAAAUAUGUGAAAUCAAAGACCAACCCUUUGUCACAAUCUUGUCUUAAUUUUGUAAAGAUUCCUAACUGGCAUCAUUGUGUAUGAUGGCUUGGUACAGUUAUUUCCUGCUUUUAAAGUUAAGCAACAGAGGAUUUAUGAGAUGAAGGGAUGUUAUAUAAAACGAUUUGUGGAUUUAGUUUUGGAGGGGUGCAUUUAGUCAAAAUGGAAGAUUAAACUAACAUGUUUGAACAUUUUCAAGAGGUAGCCCUUUAACAAAAUGACCUAUUCUUUUUAAGAUUUAAGGGCAUAUUAUACAGAAAGUAGAAAUCAUUCUUAACAGUAUGGUUUGAUAAAUCAACACUACAAAUUUUGCUCAGAUAGUUUCAAAGGCCUUUAAGACAGUAGAAUUUAAUGUGAAUUUAUAUUAGAUGAACUGACAGUGUCAUUCUCUUGACACUUUAUUUGUCUCACCAUUUUAGAUGUCAGAUUGUAAUUGCUCAGUAUUUUGCUAUGAAAAAAGUUUAAAUGGGCUAACAGAAAAGUCACAGUGUAAUAAUUUAGCAUUUUAAGUUUGUUUACAGAGAGUAUACUUUUAUAUACAUUUUUAAAAAAAAUAACUAGGUGGCCACACUUUGUAGUACAUCUUCAGGUUUCCAGUACCUGUCUAAUUUCUUAUACAACAGGAAUAACCAUUUAUAACUGACUUUCUUUCUUGUUUUCCAUCCUAAGACUUUGAUAAAACGUAAUAAUAAAGUACUCUGAGUCUCUGAUAGAGUAAUAUUGUGUCAGUAAAUAAGUAGAAUUUCUUUCUGUGAAGUGGUCCAAAUGCUACAACAACAAAUGGGUAUUAAAUGCUGUGUGGACCAUUCUCACUUUGAACAAAACAUAUCUUUUAAGGUAUACCUCAAUCAUGUACAUUAUCUAUAUGACAUUUUCAUCCUCUCUUUGCCAAAAUAUACCAGUUAGUAUUAUGCUGUGCUGUUAAUUUGUGUACAGUUUAUCAUUUGGCAUGUUGUCUGGCACUGCACACUGAAAUAGUUUGGACAAAUUUUUAGUUUUUUUAGAGUAUUUGUAUUGAUUUUAUUGAAACCCUAAUAAAAUUCAAUAAUACUACUCUAGGCCGAGUCAUUGAUUGGCUGUUCUUUCACAUUUCUGUCUUUAAUGUGAUGUGGUUAAUCUAAGGUUGUGAAUGUCAAUAUUUUUUUAUUUAAACAUCCAGGUUGCAAUUUUGUUGUAUCAUGAUUCUUUUAUACAUAUUACAACAAAGUGAUCUUAAUUAAAAAAAAAAAAAAAAAAAAACAUGGUAUGGAAACUAACGGCACAGACGCUUCUCUUCUGUCAAAUCUCCAAUCCUGGUGUGGACAAGGUGAGGGUAGAAAGAAUGUUUUGCAUUGAGAAAUCUGCCAGAACAACAGUCAACAAAG